UAUGGGUUUUGUUACUUUUGUAUUGGGUUCCCCCACAUGUCAUUUUAGAGAGAGAAAAUACCCAAGAAAGUGAUGGUUUUUAGAGAGAGAUAAAUUGAAUGUUUGGAAGGGAAAGAGGCAUUGCCUUUUUGGACUUUUAUGUAUGUAUUUAGACUGAAACGGUAAGGUUUUGGAUUGUGAUUGUUAGAAGCUUUUGGUCUUUUGGAAGCUAAUUCGUGUUGGUAUUAGGGUUCUUGAAGGCCAAAGCUCUUUUGGGUCCAAUAUAUUUUUGUUGGAUUUAAUGCAGUCUGAAUGCAGAUUUGGAGACCCUUUUGCUUCAUUUUUAAUGGGUCUGAGGCAAUGAGUUUAGUUAUUGACCAAAUCUGCAGUUCUUGAAAUGGGUAAAGCUCAGUUUUUUGCUGUAAAGACUGAAGCUUGAAAGAGUAACUGGUCUUCUCUUGAGCUACGUUGUCAGCUGAAAUGGUAAUGCAUGCUCAGAGGAUGCUGCCUUUUGUAUUGUUAGAUCUGUGUAAGUUGCUUAGCUUUUGUGAGUUUUCUUUUACGGUCAGUUGUUAGUCUGCAUUGGUUACUCUCGCUGUAAAGUGUAGUAAUUUAGAUAUCGUCUAUUUGGUGCUCUGUUUUUCAUCUUCUGUUGUAGAUUCAGUACAGAGCACUGGAGGUUUUGGUUUCAUUUUGUGUUUUUUUGGUUAUUCUUCUGCCGCAUAAAAGGACUAUGUACUAUUGAGGAUAGUAAAGGCUGAUUUUUGUGUGAAAGUUGUGGGGUUGAAUUGUUUGGAAGCACAUGGUGUUUUUGGUAUCUGUCUAUUUGGUUUCUUUGAGCAAGUUUAUGGCUAAUAUUUUUGCAUGAACCAGUUGGUUGGUGUCUUUUAUUGGACAAGUUUAGAUUGGAAAGUUGAGCUGAGCUUUGUUUGAGGGUAAUAUGAAGCUAAUUGGUAUUUUGGCAUUAGCAUGUUGUUUUUUCUGUGCCUUGGGGCAACUUCCUUCCCAGGACAUACUGACAUUGCUUGAAUUCAAGAAGGGAAUCAAGCAUGACCCAACUGGUUAUGUGCUCCAGUCGUGGAAUGAGGAGUCGAUCGACUUCAAUGGAUGUCCCUCCUCUUGGAACGGUAUAAUGUGUAAUGGUGGUAGUGUUGCAGCUGUUGUCCUCGACAACCUCGGUUUGUUGGCCGAUGCAGACUUGAGCGUAUUUUCUAAUCUUACGAUGCUUGUGAAACUUUCAAUGUCAAACAAUUCUAUUUCUGGGAAAUUGCCCAACAAUGUUGGUGAUUUCAAAAGCCUUGAGUAUCUGGAUUUAUCAGACAACCUGUUCUUUUCGACCUUGCCACCUGGUAUUGGUAAUUUAGGGAGAUUGAAAAAUCUUUCAUUAGCCGGGAACAACUUUUCUGGCUCAAUUCCAGAUGCCAUUUCAGGACUUGGGUCAAUUCAGUCUUUGGACUUAAGUGACAACUCCUUUUCUGGUGAAGUGCCCUCGUCUUUCAUGAAAUUGACGAAUUUGGUAUCUCUCAAUUUGUCCCUUAAUGGGUUUAUAAAGAAAAUACCGAAAGGGUUUGAGCUGAUGGCAAACCUUCAGGUGCUUGACUUGCAUGGGAAUAUGCUCGAUGGUAAUUUAGAUUCAGAAUUCUUGUUGCUCACUACUGCAACUCACGUUGAUUUUAGUGGGAAUUUGCUUGCCAGUUCUUCUCAGCAGCAAAAAUUCCUACCAGGCAUUUCUGAGACUGUCAAGUAUUUAAACCUUAGCCACAAUCAGCUCACAGGAUCACUUGUAGAUGAGGCACAGAUAUUUGGGAACUUGAAGGUUUUGGAUUUGAGCUAUAAUCAGCUGUAUGGAGACUUGCCUGGCUUCACUUUUGUAUAUGACCUUGAGGUUCUUAAACUCAGUAACAACAGAUUCUCUGGCUUUAUUCCUAAUGACCUUUUGAAAAGUGGUUCUCUGGUUCUAACUGAGUUGGAUUUGAGUGGCAACAACCUGACAGGUCCAGUCAGUAUGAUAACAUCAACCACAUUGCAAACACUUAACCUCUCCUCCAAUGCCCUUUCUGGUGAACUUCCCCUGGUGACAGGAAGUUGUGUGAUUAUUGAUUUAUCCAGCAACCAAUUCGAAGGAAAUUUGACUAGAAUGCUGAAAUGGGGUAAUCUUGAAAUUAUAGAUCUGAGCCAAAAUAGAUUGACUGGACCUAUCCCUGAGUCAACGGCCCAAUUUUUGCGCUUGAAUUACCUUAACAUGUCUCAUAAUUUGUUGAAUGGCUCCCUCCCAAAAGUCUUGACUCAGUUUCCUAAAAUCGGCACCCUUGAUCUCAGUUUUAACCUAUUGAAUGGACCUCUUCUAAGCAGCCUAUUGACUGUUCCUACUCUUCAAGAACUUCACCUACAGAGAAACACUCUGAGCGGAAGUAUAGAUUUCUUCCCUCCUUCAUCAAAUGAAUCAAAUCUCCGAAUUCUUGAUCUUUCUCAUAAUCAAUUCAGUGGCAACUUUCCUGAUGGACUUGGAUCUCUGUCUAGACUUCAAGGUCUCAAUAUUACCGGGAAUAAUCUUUCUGGUUCCCUUCCAGCUUCUGUUGGUGACAUCAAAUCCCUAGAUUCACUGGACAUUUCACAAAAUCAUUUUACGGGUCCACUACCAAAGAAUUUGCCUGACAGUCUUCAAAGCUUUAAUGCAUCUCUCAAUGAUCUUUCUGGGGUUGUCCCUGAAAAUUUGAGAAAAUUUCCUUUAUCUUCUUUCUACCCUGGGAAUUCAGAAUUACAAUUUCCAAAUCCUCCUACCGGAUCAAACCAGGUUCCAGCUGAAAAUCACAGAAAGGGACAUUUUAAACCUAUUGUCAAAGUGGUAAUAAUAAUUGCCUGUGUGAUUGCUUUGGUCAUCAUCAUCCUCCUUGCCAUUUUCCUUCAUUACAUUCGCAUGUCAAGGAGGCCUCUGCCAAUAGCAAGCAAAGAUGUCCGUCACCAAGCCCCGCAAAAUCCUUCUACCUUCAGUGGAAGAGACAGUGCUGGUAGUUUGGUAGUUUCAGCUGAGGAUAUCAUGACCACACGCAAAGGUUCAUCAUCAGAGAUUAUUAGUCCUGAUGAGAAAAUGGCAGCCAUAACUGGCUUUUCUCCAUCAAAGGGCAGUGGCUUUUCUUGGUCACCUGAGUCUGGGGAUUCCUACACUGCUGAAAACCUUACUCGACUGGAUAUCAGAUCCCCAGAAAGAUUAGCCGGUGAGCUGUUCUUUCUUGAUGACACGAUCUCAUUUACACCUGAGGAACUAUCAAAGGCCCCAGCUGAAGUCUUGGGCAGGAGCAGUCAUGGGACAUCUUACAGGGCAACACUGGAAAAUGGGUUGUUCUUGACAGUGAAGUGGUUAAGGGAAGGAGUUGCAAAGCAAAGAAAGGAGUUUGCUAAAGAGGCCAAAAAGUUUGCAAAUAUUAGGCAUCCAAAUGUUGUAACUUUGAGAGGCUACUAUUGGGGACCCACACAGCAUGAGAAGUUAAUUCUCUCGGAUUACAUUUCUCCUGGAAGUCUUGCAAGCUUUUUAUACGAUCGACCUGGAAGAAAAGGUCCGCCUCUAACCUGGGCACAGAGGCUGAAAAUAGCAGUUGAUGUUGCACGUGGCCUGAAUUAUCUUCAUUUUGACCGUGCGGUUCCCCAUGGAAACCUUAAAGCAACCAACAUCCUGUUAGAUGGUCCAGAUUUUAAUGCAAGAGUUGCAGAUUACUGCCUUCACCGACUCAUGACUCAAUCAGGCACGAUUGAACAGAUUCUUGAUGCUGGGGUGUUAGGUUAUCGUGCACCAGAGUUGGCUGCAUCUAAGAAGCCACUGCCUUCCUUUAAAUCAGAUGUUUAUGCUUUUGGAGUUAUAUUACUGGAACUGCUAACCGGAAAGUGUGCUGGUGAUGUUGUUUCUGGUGAAGAUGGAGGAGUUGACCUGACAGACUGGGUGAGAUUGAGGGUGGCAGAAGGUCAUGGAUCGGAUUGUUUUGAUGCUGCAUUAAUGCCUGAGAUGGGGACUCCUGCAGCCGAGAAAGGAACGAAGGAGGUCCUCGGGAUAGCUUUACGUUGUAUACGCUCUGUAUCUGAAAGGCCAGGUAUCAAGACUAUAUAUGAGGACCUCUCGUCCAUAUAGCUUGUUGAUUUUCUUUAGUGAACAAUGGUGAAAAUGGGAAUCAAAUAGCUCAUUGACCUCCCUUUUGAGUAGCAGUUCAACUAGGAAUUCUUUUGGUGUCCUGAGCUAAUUUACUAACCAUUUUGUAAAUUGGUGCAUAUCUCCAAUGUACACUGGAAGCACACCCACGGUUGGCGAGCUUUGGCCAUCACUCAAAA